GACAAUUAUAAGAAACUCGAACCGAACGCAUCGACUAGACUAGAUGAUUGUGUUCCCAUUCAAGAAUCGCCCAUCCAGGCAGUUACCGCUGUACGAACUGCCUGGGAGGGGUCCUGUCCUAUUGGUGCGCCACUAUAAGUACAAGCCCGCCUUCCGUCCCAAUGCUCAGGAUCCCGUUGCGGAGCCAUUUGAUCCCGUGAGGAGCGUACUGAAGAGGACGCGCACCAAGCUGACGGGUCUGCUGCACCACUUCAACAUAGUGAACUCCAUAGUGGAUGGGUCCCGAUGCAGACGCAAUCCCUUUCACCUCGUGGUUCCGAUGGACAUGCCAUAUGAGGAUAUCGAGACUGAUAUGUUAGAUGGCAUCCAGGGUUGGUCCGAUAUCGAGGUCUCCGACGAACCAUCCGAAAUGCAGGAGGACCGACCAACAGAACUUGCAAACUGAAUGACCAGUUGCCUUGAAACGAGGCUAAAAAUAAAUACCAGGACUCCGAAUC